GGUGAUGACAUGAAAAUAUUGUUGUUGCUGCUGAAGGCUGCGGCAGGAGACGGACAGGGAGGCAGCAAUCACCGAAGGUUCGCUGCGGUCGAGUCGAGUCAUCGCUUUAGUUUUAUUUAAUUUUUCUUUCCUGCUUUAACGCAACUUCGCGUCGCGUGGGGGGCAGCCAUGUCGGUGAAUAUGGACGAACUCAGGCAUCAAGUGAUGAUUAACCAGUUUGUUUUGACGGCUGGCUGCGCCGCCGAUCAGGCGAAGCAGCUCCUACAAGCGGCCCACUGGCAGUUUGAGACAGCUCUGAGCUCCUUCUUCCAGGAGGCCAACAUCCCCAGCCACCACCAGAUGAUGUGCACCCCCAGAAACACCCCCGCCACGCCACCCAACUUUCCCGACGCCAUCACCAUGUUCUCCAAGCUUCGGGCGUCUGAGUGCGGCCCUGGUGCCAGCAGUGGCCCCUCCCAGGUGUCCAUGGCCUGCUCCCCGCCGCCCUCUUCCUCCACGUCAGGGUUCAGCUCAUUCUGGGCCUCCUCGCCCCCCAGCCACCAGCCAGCCUGGCUGCCCCCGUCGUCGCCCACAGGUCACCACAUGCACCACCACCACUACCACCACCACAUGCAACACACUCCCAUGUGGCCCCCUGUGUCUCAGCCCAGCGGCUCCCAGCAGCCCCCCGUCGUGUCGGCGUUCCACGGUCAAAGAUGAGACCGUGUGGCUGAGCUGAGGGAGGGUGGGGGGAGCAGGGAGGGAGGGAGGC